CCGAGAAUUAUCAUAACAAAUUAGCUCCACCACCGUAUCAAGAUCUCUCUCUAACAAACACGCAAAAACACAUUUGUGACACUGUUGGUAUUAAACAAGUUAUUCGAUCAGGUUUUAGCAGUCAUGGCGGUUUUGCUUCAUCUGUUUCUCCUCUCUUUUAUGUUUACCUAUUCAUAUGCGGCGGUUUGUGUGUGCAAGGACGCGAGCGAGCCGGAGCUGCAGAAGGUGAUAGACUUCGCAUGCGGAGGAGGUGCUGACUGUACUCAGAUUCAGACGACCGGAGCUUGUUAUCAACCAAACACCGUCAAGAACCACUGUGACGUCGCCGUUAACAGUUACUAUCAGAAGAAAGCUCCAACCGGCGCCACCUGUGACUUUAACGGCGCUGCCGUCAUCUCCACUUCUCCUCCUUCAACUACUUCAAGCUGUUUAUCUAGUUCUAGCUCAACCGUAAACCCCACCACCGGCAAUUCAACCACCGGAACUCCAAGCACCACAAAUCCAACCACGUUCAAUUCUACAGGCAAUUCAACAACCAGCUCACCUACUGAUGAUAGUCCGACUUCGUCUACGUUAGCAUUUCCUGGAAAUACUAUGGGACCGUCCAGCAGCACCAGCGGUUUAGGUGCCAGCGGAGGAGAAGAGCUCUCCGUCCGAACCACGACGAUCAUCUUACUAACUACCAUCGCUGCCGUGGCUUUGAAGGUUUAGGUGAAAUCAUCUCAGAUGAUCAUCAUGACAACCAUCUCUGUCUAUUUAUUUUUGUCCACUUUUAAAUCUUUGUAGGGGUCGUGAGUUUCUCUCUUGAUCUGUCUUUUAUAGUACUUUGGUUUAUAGAAAACCAUAAUCAAGAGCUUUUCUUGCUUUCUUUUGUAAAUCCAGGAUGCUCUCUUUGGUUUGUAUUCUUUUUCUUACCUAUUUUUAUCUUUAGUUAUGCAUCACAUGUGUCAUUGCCGAUUUCAACAUCACGAAGAUAAUAAAAUGUCAUCUACUAUAUA